UCCUCAUGUCAGCCUUUCUGGGGUCACCUCAGGACUCGUCAGUUCUCACUGCUCACCUCAAAAGCCAGAGCGAUGAAGCAGUGCAUUUGCAGAUGCUCCUCGGAGUGGGGCUGGCUCUUCUGUGCUUCUGCCUUCUCCUGGGCUGUGCCGUGUGCUGGCGUCGAAGCGAGAGGCGCAACCAGAGCAACAGGAAAGAGCAGGCACUGACCAACACUCUGGUGGAGCUGGGACCUGCUCUGCCUUCCCAGACCACCACCGUGCCCAUCCAGCAACAGUACGUGGAGCUAGAGGGAGAGGUGCUGGAAUGUGCAGGGAAUGACUCGCUGGGUUCUCCUGGAGCUGGCAGCCUGCCACGGAGCAUGUUGCAUGGGAGGGCCUCUUUACCCAGCAUCCCUUUCUCCCAGAAGCUUGGCCUGUUCUCCAAGACAGAGCCGGGCUGGGAGCGCCGGUCCACCAUCUUUGGGGAGACUGACAAGAGCAGCUUGCUGACUUGUCCUGUUCUGGGAGCCAGCGUCCGCCAGUCAUCCACCAUGCCAGGGAGCCUCUCCAGCGCCAGCCCCAAGCAGCGGCCCCAACUCCACUUCAUCCUGUUCUACUCCCAGCCUGAGGCCACACUCACUGUGACGGUGAUCAGCGUGUCCCACCUGCCCAAGGGCUUUCGAAGCAGCCGGGACUCCUAUGUCAAAGUGUACCUGCUCCCCAAGUUCAUCGAGCCCCAGCGCACAGCUGUGCGCAGGAAGAGCCUCAACCCCGAGUUCCGAGAGCAGUUCCAGUUCGGCCGCUACCACCUGGAGGAGCUGAGGGGCUUCACCCUGCGCUUCGCUGUCUAUGUGAAGGAGUUUCGCAGCUUCAGGGACUCCUUUAUUGGGGAAGUGAUGUUCCCGUGUGCCCAGGUUACUUGGAACCCCGAGGCAGCCUCCAGCUACACUCGGGAGCUGUCAACCGCCAAAACCAAACUCAAAAAGUGUCUCAGUGCUCAGGACAUGAGCUAUGGCGCUGCGUGCUCCCAGUCCUCGUCCCUGGGCCAGCUCUUCAUUCUCCUCCAAUACCAGGCUCUAGCCAAUCGUAUCAAGGUGCUGGUCCGCAAGGCAGAGAAUCUGGGCCGGCUCACCCGCAUGCCAGGGGCACCAGACCACUACGUUGUCAUUCAGUUUUACUGUGGUGGGCGAGUCAUGGACACGAAGGAGACCAAGUCCAUAGCCGGCUACAACCCCGUGUGGAACACGCCCUUCCUCUUCAACGUCCCUGCAGGAGACAUCCAGGAGCAGCAGCUGUGCCUGGAGUUCACUGUCAUGCAGGCUCGUCUCUAUACGCGCAGCUGCACCCUGGGCCGAGUGCUGAUUGGGCCCCACGCCCCAGAGGCAGGGCUGCUCCACUGGAAGGAGAUGUGCUGCCGAGGGCACGUGGAAUCCGCACGGUGGCAUGUGAUUCAGCCGAAUGUUUUCAGUCUCUCCCCUUGA